AGGUAUUGUUGGACAGUGGAGUUGGAGAGGUAUUGUUGGACAGUGGAGUUGGAGAGGUAUAGUUGGACAGUGGAGUUGGAGAGGUAUUGUUGGGCAGAGGAGUUGGAGAGGUAUUGUUGGACAGUGGAGUUGGAGAGGUAAUGUUGGACAGUGGAGUUGGAGAGGUUUUGUUGGGCAGUGGAGUUGGAGAGGUAUUGUUGGGCAGUGUAGUUGGAGAGGUUUUGUUGGACAGUGGAGUUGGAGAGGUAUUGUUGGGCAGUGGAGUUGGAGAGGUAUUGUUGGGCAGUGGAGUUGGAGAGGUAUUGUUGGGCAGUGUUGGAGAGGUAUUGUUGGACAGUGGAGUUGGAGAGAUAUUGUUGGACAGUGGAGUUGGAGAGGUAUUGUUGGGCAGUGUAGUUGGAGAUAUAUUGUUGGACAGUGGAGUUGGAGAGGUAUUGUUGGGCAGUGUAGUUGGAGAUAUAUUGUUGGGCAGUGUAGUUGGAGAGGUUUUGUUGGACAGUGGAGUUGGAGAGGUAUUGUUGGGCAGUGGAGUUGGAGAGGUAUUGUUGGGCAGUGGAGUUGGAGAGGUAUUGUUGGGCAGUGUUGGAGAGGUAUUGUUGGACUGUGGAGUUGGAGAGAUAUUGUUGGACAGUGGAGUUGGAGAGGUAUUGUUGGGCAGUGUAGUUGGAGAUAUAUUGUUGGACAGUGGAGUUGGAGAGGUAUUGUUGGACAGUGGAGUUGGAGAGGUAUUGUUGGACAGUGGAGUUGGAGAGGUAUUGUUGGACAGUGUAGUUGGAGAGGUAUUGUUGGGCAGUGUUGGAGAGGUAUUGUUGGACAGAGGAGUUGGAGAGAAUUUGUUGGGCAGUGUAGUUGGAGAGGUAUUGUUGGGCAGUGUUGGAGAGGUAUUGUUGGACAGUGGAGUUGGAGAGAUAUUGUUGGACAGUGGAGUUGGAGAGGUAUUGUUGGGCAGUGUAGUUGGAGAUAUAUUGUUGGACAGUGGAGUUGGAGAGGUAUUGUUGGGCAGUGUAGUUGGAGAUAUAUUGUUGGGCAGUGGAGUUGGAGAGGUAUUGUUGGGCAGUGUAGUUGGAGAGGUUUUGUUGGACAGUGGAGUUGGAGAGGUAUUGUUGGGCAGUGGAGUUGGAGAGGUAUUGUUGGGCAGUGGAGUUGGAGAGGUAUUGUUGGGCAGUGUUGGAGAGGUAUUGUUGGACUGUGGAGUUGGAGAGAUAUUGUUGGACAGUGGAGUUGGAGAGGUAUUGUUGGGCAGUGUAGUUGGAGAUAUAUUGUUGAACAGUGGAGUUGGAGAGGUAUUGUUGGACAGUGGAGUUGGAGAGGUAUUGUUGGACAGUGGAGUUGGAGAGGUAUUGUUGGACAGUGUAGUUGGAGAGGUAUUGUUGGGCAGUGUUGGAGAGGUAUUGUUGGACAGAGGAGUUGGAGAGAAUUUGUUGGGCAGUGUAGUUGGAGAGGUAUUGUUGGGCAGUGUUGGAGAGGUAUUGUUGGACAGUAGAGUUGGAGAGAUAUUGUUGGACAGUGGAGUUGGAGAGAAUUUGUUGGGCAGUGUAGUUGGAGAGGUAUUGUUGGGCAGUGUUGGAGAGGUAUUGUUGGACAGUAGAGUUGGAGAGAUACUGUUGGACAGUGGAGUUGGAGAGGUAUUGUUGAACUGGAGUUGGAGAGGUAUUGUUGGACAGUGGAGUUGGAGAGGUAUUGUUGGGCAGUGGAGUUGGAGAGGUAUUGUUGGGCAGUGGAGUUGGAGAGGUAUUGUUGGACAGUGGAGUUGGAGAGGUAUUGUUCGGCAGUGGAGUUGGAGAUGUAUUGUUGGGCAGUGGAGUUGGAGAGAUAUUGUUGGGCAGUGUUGGAGAGGUAUUGUUGUAUUGUUGGACAGUGGAGUUGGAGAGGUAAUUUUGGGCAGUGGAGUUGGAGAGGAAUUGUUGGACAGUGGAGUUGGAGAGGUAUUGUUGGACAGUGGAGUUGGAGAGAGAUUGUUUUUCUGUAGUUGGAGAGGUAUUGUUGGAUAGAGGAGUUGGAGAGGUAUUGUUGGACAGUGUAGUUGGAGAGGUGUUGUUGGGCAGUGGAGUUGGAGAGAUAUUGUUGGACAGUGGAGUUGGAGAGAUAUUGUUGGGCAGUGGAGUUGGAGAGGUAAUGUUGGACAGUGGAGUUGGAGAGGUAUUGUUGGACAGUGGAGUUGGAGAGGUAUUGUUGGGCAGUGGAGUUGGAGUUGUACUGUUGGAGCAGUGCUGUUAGAUUGGGAUAGGCAGUAAGGGCAGUUCUAUUAGGCAAAUUAAUUGAGUAGCAUAGAUGAAGUGGGAUUAUUGAAAUUGUACAUUCGGAGUUGAGUACUUACCUGGAAAUACUACAGUUGGAAUCACUAUUGGAACCAAAUAGAGGAGCAGCCUCAGUGAUUCGAAUGACCUAAUUUUAUUCCUAUGCUUAAUGGUCUUAAUGGAGAGGUACAGUUUCUGUACAGUUAAAGUGAUAUGACCGGCUUGGUAUGGUAAGGACCAUACAGUUACAGUGAUGUUAUUGCCACAAUACAGUUGCAACAAUAUGGUCAGAUGAUAUGAUUGGAGUGGAACAUAAAAUAGUUUGGUCUUGUAACACCGUUGGAGUCCUCCGAUUGAGGUAAUGCAAUUUGGUAAGACUGUUGGAGGGGUUUAUUUGGGACAGUGUAUCUUGUGACAGUAUUGGUACAUACAGUAUCGCGAUCCCCCCACUGGAAUGGAUACAUCGACAUCCUGCAGUUGGCCCUCAUAACCCCGGGCCUUGGAAGGGAAAAUGGAAUCGAAUUCCCAUUCCUGACCGUUAUUAGGGACCAUCCAGGCACAAGGCACCAGGCAGGUUCUGUUUCCUCCUCCUAUGUUAGUGUGUCACGUGGCCAGUUCCCCCAUGCAAGAUAACCUGAUGAAACUUGAACCUAUGUUUUUUAGAUUGUUUUCCACAACUGAUGAUUGAUUAGGGAUUGUAGGCUUUGGCCUACUGUGGAAGUAUCAAAUGCCAUUCUGAAGACUUGCAAUUGAGCCCUGUCAUUGGGAGAAGACAGAGUUAAUUUGAAAGUGUGUAGAGUGCUAAACUGAUGGAGGUAGAUCAAGACAUUCCUAAGUAGAAACAAUAGCUUCUCUUAUAUACGGCAGCAAUAGAAAUGAUUCCUGGGAAUUAAAAGUCCAUUGAAUCUUCACUGCCUAAACUUAUGAGCUGCAUCUUGAUAUCACUACAGACUGCUUCGGUACACUUUACAGCCACUGAAGUACUGAAGUAUUUCUGCAUUGUUGCCUCUGUUGCAACGUAAUACAAUGAGGUGGAGAUAUUAGAUAUUUAUCGGAAAGACGCUAUGUUUUGUUGUUUCCAUUAAUCAUGCAUCAGUUAGCAUUGUAAGCAUUUAUAUCAUGAAUCUAAUCAUCAAUAUUUUUAUUAACCAUAAUAGAUUAGAAUCAGUGCAUGCAUCAAGCACUGCACUGUAAAAAGCAGCAUUCCCAGAGGGCAGCAGCGCACAAUUCUGUUUGCUGGAAGGAUGACUGCAUAUUUAAAACAGCUCUGAGGGCCGCUCAUGGUAACAUCCCAAGGUUCCUGAGAGGGUCUGACGGAUCUCUGAUGUUGGACUCCUUGUGGAGUUUAAUGCAGAGAGACAUUUUCCUGCCAUCCCCGGUAGUUAUACUGGGAAGGCUGGUCACCUAACCAAUGCCAUGUUAGAUUUGACUCCCGUUCAGUGACUACAUCCAGUAAUUGAUGAGGAAUGGCUGUGGGGGACACCGGUAAGUUUCACAUGAUUGAUAUUUGUUUUGUAUUGAUUGUGUUUACAAACUGCUAACAAGUCAAUUUCGCUUUCAAAUAUUACCAGUCUUUUUACUUUUUAAAUCUUUUUAGUCAACAUUUUUGUUAUCGUUUUAAUUUACUAACAGCUUGAUUCAUUUUUUAAAUUAAUUUUUCAUUGUUGAUUUCCUUGGUGGCAAAUAUUUUUCUCUGACAUUUACGAGAGCCAGAGUUAUUGACAAACUCACCCAGCUCAGUGAUGCCUUUGAUAGCUGAGGAGCCAGAGAAGUGGUUCAGCAAAGCUGUCAAAGCCUUCCUGCUGGCUGGAGUAGUUGUUCCCAGUGGGAAGGCCCUGCGCGGUACAGACCUAGCCAAUUCAGAGCCAGAUUCAGAAAGCUGCCCCUGGUAAGUGCUAGCAGUGUGGCAGUGUACACACCUCACAUUUCUCUCCUCAUUGAGGUUGGCCAGGCUAAACCAUCCACAGCCCAGUGUUAUCAAGGGUCCUGCAGUCACCUAUAGGAGAUGCUGUAAUGGAAUCUCCAGUAUUAAUCCACUGACCUAUGACACUUAACAAAUGACUGGAUACUCUUUGAGGACCCAGUUAUCAGUCACAGUUCUCCUACUACUGACAGUGCUGUGAUAUUAUUCACUCAGCUCCAUCCACUAUUUUCUUUUGGCUGGUGCCUGCAGAGAUGACUUUUGUACAAAGGGCUUGGUCCAAAUGCUGACGGGCACCUCAUCCCAGUAAAGAACAGUUGCCUGGCCUGCACGUUGCUGUACCAGGAAACCAGUGUGACUCCUCCCCUGCCCCCUGCCUCCUGCUUGUCUAUGCAUUAUUGUGCACAACUUAGUGCAGAGAGGCUGCCCAGCUGUUGAGUGGGCUGGGGCUGCGGUUACUGUGGGAGGUGGGACACAAAGCAGGAUGAAUUGAGUGAUCUUGGUGGAGAGCACAGAAGGGGGAGACAGUAAUACCAGUCACGUCCAUCAGGUGGAGAAGAGGGAGAUGGGUAGGUUUGCAGUGGGACGGGCGUCCAUUUAUGGGUCGGGCAUUGCCAAUGCCCAGCAAUGGCAAAUACUCACUGCACCCAGCAGGGUGCAGCACUGAGUCCAACGUCGCCAUGUUGAACCCCACUAGCCUUUCCACAGAAAGACAUGUGCGGUGGCUUUGGUGAAGAGAAGGGUCCCAGCACAGUCACUUACACCCCUCCCCCUGUAUAUAACUCUAUAAUGAUUCAAUUUGUUGCUGAUUCAUUCUCGUUCUCGCACCUGGAAUAUUAAGUGCAGCACCAGUGUGUAUAUUCAGGCAGGUAAGUUUUAAAUGUACCUGUAAAGUAACAUUAGGAGUGUGGUUUCUUUAAAACAAGAUGUUCUUGGCACCGGUUCCAUCUCACUCUAUCCUGGCCCUCUUUGCAUGUAUCAACCUUCACAGCCUCCCCAAAAACACUAGUGGGUUUGCGUCACCUCUGGGCUUUUCCCUAAUAUUGAGAGGAAAGAAAAUCAUUUAAGGUAUUCCAGUCCCCAGUGGAUCAAAAGCUGGUUCCUCAGGGAGGCCUGCAAAUGUCGAAUGUAAUGCAAGCGGCUGACUUAUUAGCACAGUGGUUGGUUUACUUCUGUCACCAGGCCCCUGCUGGUAAACAGAACAAUUCCAACUGGGAGCUCUUCACUGAGGAGACUCCUGUUUGAACUAAUUAGGCUUAAAUGAUAUGGUCUUAUCACAUCUACUGAUAUGAGUGGGACUUAGUUUUCCAACUCCCCAUCCCUCAGUCUCACCUCCUUCCACUUCCCAGAGUGCUUAUUUUACGGGCUGUUUCCCUUCAUUCAUUCGCUCCACGUCCUCAGCCCACGCAAUCUCCCUUCUGUUCCCCUCUCUCUGCACCGCCCCUCCCUCCUCUCCUCUGCCGCUGCGAACACCUGGCGCUUGCUCUGGAGGUCAUCAUGAGGGGCAGGUGGCUGGAAGCUUUAGUGCAAACUGUAGGAGCUGAGGGCUCGGAAAUGUUCAGCGCUACUCCACAAAGAAACGCGUAGGACUGGUUGAUCCUGGAGUCAGAGACACCGGCCAGCAGGAGCUCCAGUUCAGGACCUGCUUGUUGCAUUGGAUGUGAAACUCCUUCCAGUAUCCAAAGCUUCUAUUAAAUCAUAAACCAUGGAACACUAAUAAAAAUAUAUUCUGACUGCUCUCCCUUCCCACCCUUCUCCUCUCCUUUAAUUAAUCUCAGCUCCUGGUGCCAACACCAUCACAUGUAGGUGCUUCUUAAUAGCUAACUAUCUGCUAUAUUAACUGUACCUAAUAAUCCUAACAGAUUAACACCCCACUCCCUUCAGAAACACAGUUUCAGGCUGCAGUUUGGCACAUUCUGGUAAUGAAUCUAAAUCCGACACGUUUGGAGAGGGAUGGUUUCCCUUUAUCUAUAUAUUGUAUUUUCUUUUAUUUUACUUUGAUGUGGAAGUUGGGUGUUGUGUUUCUUUUCUCGAGCUGACAGGAAGUGAUGUUAGUGUAGAAUAUAGCAUUGUGAUUGACUGUUUCACUGUGAGUGGUGUCCAGUUUGGCCAGGCUGCUAGUGCUCUUCCCCACUUCUAUUGACCACUGCUUAGGGUAACCUGACAUUGACCCAAAAUUCCUGUAUCACAUUUCUACGAGCACAAAACUGUCCCACAAUUUGCCAGCAGUGGGCUGUAAAGAGCAAACUGCUAUACCAACACGAGAGAUUCUGCAGAUGAUGGAAAUCUUGAUCAAUACGUACAAAAUGCUGGAGGAACUCAGCAAGUCAGGCAGCAUCUGUGGAGAGGAAUAAAUGGAUAAUAUUUCAGGCUGAAACCCUGGAGUUUUUUCCAGGGAGUCAUUGAGUCUUUCAGACCAUAUUUAACUCACAGUACAACACAGAGGCAGCAAUUCAGCCCAUUGAGGUCUAUGUUAGCCCCCCCUUCCCGCCUUCCCCAUUCCCUCAGUCCUUCUUUGCCCGGAUUCCUUCAACAACUCAUUUUCUCUGAGUCUUUUGACUGCAGUAUGCAGCUAAUUGAGGGAAGGAAAGGGGAACACCGAGGUAUAGGCGAUCCCCACAUGGUGACAAGGAGAACUUGCAAACUCCAUAGAGAACAUGCCUAAGGUCAGGAUUAAACCUGGGUGCCUGGUACAGUAAAGCAGCGGCCCUACUCACUGCACCACCCAAUAACAAACUUCUCCAAUACCCUGCCUGUGGUGAGCAGACUCAUUCGAGAAGGUCGUUACAAAGUACUGGAGCUUUGUUGCCUUGAGUUAGGGAAUACAUGGGUAAAAUAGGAUGAGGUGGAUAGAGAACGGGGAGCCACUUUGUCUCUCUGUCCUGGCACCUCAGUGGGAAGCGAGGAGAUCUGGUGCCAGUAGAAUUAACAUCUUACUUCAUUGGAUGACUUCCACAGCAAUCCAGUGAAUUUCGUUUGCCCACCAGAAUGAUCUGUCAGUAAUCGAUAGGUGAGGCAUCAGCUGCUGGACAAAUUGUGUCCAUUGCCUCACCCCCGCAUGGAGGCAACUUCUCCAGAGCACCAGAAAAUUAAUGUGACACCUUGGCAGAACAGGGGACUUUUAUCUGGGCUUGGGGUCAACCCACGUUGUGGGGAGGGAGCUGUGCUUCACCUAACCUGGAGUAGAUCCUGAAAACCUGGAAAGUGACUUUCCAUGUGCUA